AUGCCCCACAAACGAGCGAAGCGCGCGAUCCGGGACCAGAACACCGUCGCAGCGUCAGUUCGACCUCCAAAAGCAAAGUAAACCUCACUCACCCACACCGUACUGAACCUGCUCAAACUUUUGAUUCAAAAGAGGAUAUGACAACCCCCCCAAAAUCGGCGAUUCGAUCCCUCACCCUAAUCAUGUCCAAAACUCGCUCCCACGAGUCGCGACGCCGGGUCAAGGGAUCGGUGUAUUGGCUCCCAGCGCUUCAACUUCGUCGUCUUCGAUGAACAAGAACAAGAAGCGCAAGACGUUGAUCGAGAACAAGAGGGAUUCGUUCGGGGGUCGAAAGGAUAUGGGCGGCAUGUCCAAGAAUGCUUAUCGGUUCGUUCUCCGAAUCCGCUUGAUUCAUGAGCAAGAUGGCUUGGGUCACUCAUGCCGUAUUCGUAUCGAACAGCGUCUUGAAUGCUGUGGCUCUCAGAGAAGAGUACAACACCAACAAGAAGCGUCAACGCCAAGAAGAACAGGAUAAACUGAACCCGAACCAAAAGGUACGCCCCCCAAAAAAUUCUGAGCUCUCGUCUCCGAGGUCAACGAAUAGACGCUGACCUCCUCGUUUCUCCUCACCUGCAUCGACAUCAACAGAAGGAAAAGUUGACCGCGAUGCCGUACGAAUCACUCCGCGACUUUAGCCAUCGAGUCGAAAUGUCGAUGCGUUCCUCCAUCGACACCGCGAUUCGAGGAGCCAAGUCGACGACUCAAAAGAAGAAGGAACGGUCCAAGACCAAAGGCAAAGGAAGAGCGAUCGACGACGAAAAGGCCGAGAUCCAAGAAAUGGAGGAGGAGAAUCAGAAACGGAAUAGAGAGGCAAGAGGGGAAGACCCUGAAACGACUACUGGGGGAGCGUCUUCGGCGACUCCGGCCAAAAAAGCCAAGAAGGAUACCCAAGAGGUGUUCGAUCCGUUCGCCAAACGACAAGCACCGGCACGAGCAACCGAGUUCAAAGUCGCUUCGCAGAUCCGAAGGGUCGGCGACGUCGUCGAUGCACCACCUACAUUGAAAAAAGGCAAGCGAGGACAGAAGAACGUGACACGGAUGAACGAACCCUUGCCGGCGAGCAGGAUGCCCGUCAGCGGUGCGUUGAAGGCAUUGAUGGAGGCCGAGAGGGAGAAGGCGAUCCAGGGGUACCGGGAGUUGAAGGAGAGGCGAGAGAACGAGCUAAAGUAG